AUGCGUAGAAACUCUGGGCUUCUAAAUAUUUACAGUAGUUUUGAUGGGAAACCUCUCUGUUCCAUUCGUGUUUGCAACCCAAAUAGAGUGUCUCCUAAUUGUAGAUUUGAGAUUCACAACUCCAUUUUGGUAUUUUACGAUGUUUUAAAUCCCGAUUUUUUCAAGAUUUGGAUGCUUCAUGGGAAAGCAGACGAUGUCCGUGCAUGUCCACGAGGGCGUCUAGCUAAGCCACAAAGGCUGUCCAAUGCAUUUAGGAACUUGCAAAAGGAACAUAGGCAAAUGAUCGAUGAUUUUGACAAUUCCGCUUCCCCAAUUUUAUCAGGGGAGGAAAAUAGCUCUCCACAAGAGGAUCUGGACACCGUUUCUGAUGAAUACGGCGACCAUUUUAGUGAUGAUGGCGACUCCAUAACUUUUGCAUUGAAUUUAUCCAUAAAUGAAUUUUAA